AGAGGAGGCGAGGAGGAUACGGACCUGAGGGGGGGGGAAAGCAGCUCGUCCUAAAACUCGAUAGCCCCAUUAGCUACACGGAUUAACGGCAGCUUUGCGGGUUAUUGCUAACACACGAGAGCGUUUCCACUUGUUCCUUCGAGUAAUUUUGGUUGGGGGGGUAAAGGUUGUUUGGCCCACUUUGGAGGGGAGCUUCGUUAACGGUUGUUUCCCCCGUUGGAGCGGACCGAGCUCCGGUUGUGGCCGCCGGAAGGAGCCGACGCUUCCACACGGAUUAUAACAACAACAACAGAAUCAUACACGCUUUGAACGUCGCUUUUUCCUCCUCUUCGGAUAUUUUAAAAGCAACACUUCGAGUUUUUUUUAAUUUUUUUAUUGACAUUUUUCUGAAGCUACGCGACCUGAGCUCCGUCGAGGAGAAGUUUGAUCGGAGGAAGCGGUGUGCGCUGGAUUUGCAGCCCGAUGGAUGGGCGCCCUGCCCCGGCCGUGGCUCCGCUCUGAAUCCCGCCGGUGAGGCGUCCUCAGGCUCCUCCGCUGAAACGCGCCCCCCCCCCCGUUCGAUGCUCUAUGUGACAAUGCUGCAGACAUGGCAAGCGCAUGACAGCGGUGCCCACACGUCGCCCUCCAUCGCCCGCCUGUAAACCUGGAAAUACGUGCAACCAACCCGCUCCAUCUUCUUCACCCCCUCCUCUUCCUCCCUUCUGUUGCUUCUUCUUUUUGGGGGGAGGGGGGACUGGGAAGACUCGUUAUUGACAUUUUUGCAGGUGCCCUUUUGCUCUCUGGAGCAGCGAGACGUUUGAUUUGACUCUUGAAUGUGAGAUAUAUAUAUUUUUUGUUUAGUUUUUUUGUUGUUGGUGCUUUUAUUCUCCUUCCGGUCAGAGGAUCCUAUUCGGAUGGAAAAUGGGAGACGCCACCAAACUGGCCUUCGCCGUUUUCCUCAUCUCCUGCUCUUCAGGGGCCAUCCUGGGACGCUCGGAGACGCAAGAGUGCGCCUACUACAACUCCAGCUGGGAGAAGGAGCGCACCAACCGCAGCGGCAUCGAGCCCUGCUACGGCGAUAAAGAGAAGCGGAGGCACUGCUUCGCCACGUGGAAGAACGUCUCCGGCGCCGUGGAGGUCGUCCGGCAGGGCUGCUGGUUGGACGACGUCAACUGCUACGACAGCAGCGAGUGUGUGGAGAGGAAGGAGAGCCCCGACGUUUUCUUCUGCUGCUGUGAGGGCAACAUGUGCAACGAGAAGUUCCUGUACGCCCCUGAAGCCGCGCCGCAGAGCGACCCGCACCACUCCACCGCCUACACAACCUCCAACCCAUUUUCCCAGAAGCCCCAGCUCUUCAGCACCCUGCUCUACUCGCUGGUCCCCAUCAUAGGCCUGGCCGCCGUGGUCCUCUUCUCCUUCUGGAUGUGGAGACAUCACAAGCUGGCGUACCCAGCGGCCCUCGUCCCCACACAUCACGCCUUUCACAUAAUGGUGGAGGACCCCGGGCCCUCCCCGCCGUCCCCCAUCUUGGGACACAAACCGCUGCAGCUGAUCGAGAUGAAGGCCAGGGGCCGCUUCGGGUGCGUGUGGAAGGCCCAGCUGCUCAACGACGUCGUGGCUGUUAAGAUCUUCCCCAUCCAGGACAAGCUGUCGUGGCAGAACGAAUACGAGAUCUUCAGCGUGAGCGGCAUGAAGCACGACAACAUCCUCCACUUUAUGGGCGCGGAGAAGAGGAGCAACAACCUGGACCUGGAGCUGUGGCUCAUCACCGCCUACCACGAACGGGGCUCGAUGACAGACUACCUGAAGGCCAACGUGGUGUCGUGGAACGAGCUGUGCCACAUCACCCAGACGGCGGCCCGCGGCCUGGCCUACCUCCACGAGGACAUCCCGGGGCACAAGGAGGGACACAAGCCCUCCAUCGCUCACAGGGACAUCAAGAGCAAGAACGUGCUGCUGAAGACCAACCUGACAGCCUGCAUCGCCGACUUUGGCCUGGCCCUGCAGUUUGAGGCGGGAAAAUCGGCAGGAGACACACACGGACAGGUGGGUACGCGGCGCUACAUGGCUCCCGAAGUCCUGGAGGGCGCCAUCAACUUCCAACGCGACUCCUUCCUGCGCAUCGACAUGUACGCCUUCGGCCUGGUCCUGUGGGAGCUGGCGGCGCGAUGCACCGCCGCCGACGGCCCGGUGGAUGAGUACAUGCUCCCCUUUGAGGAGGAGGUGGGUCAGCAUCCGUCUCUGGAGGACAUGCAGGAGGUGGUCGUCCACAAGAAGCUGAGGCCCAUCCUGAGGGACUGCUGGCAGAAGCACGCGGGUCUGGCCAUGCUGUGCGAGACCAUCGAGGACUGCUGGGACCACGAGGCCGAGGCGCGCCUGUCCGCCGGCUGCGUGGAGGAGCGCAUCGGCCAAAUGAAGCGCCAGGCGCCCGCCAUCGGCCCCGAGGAGAUCGUCACCGUGGUCACCAUGGUGACCAACGUGGACCUCCAGCCCAAGGAGUCGAGCUUAUGAGCGCCGGAUCGACGAGCAGCCGACCCUGGCUGGUUGGCCAGGUGUUUCUUCUCCUCUUUUUUUUUUUUUUUUUGUUCCUUCUUUUCAUUUUUCCUUUUUUUCGUCCCUUUUUCCCUUUGUUUCUGUUUUUUUGUUCCUUUUUGAAGUGCGGGCCGCUCCUCGCGUUCAGGAAACACUGCGCGCGCCGCACCACGUCACCUGAUACCGCUUUGAUACGUGACAUUUUACCUGUGAGACGACGGUGCUCAGCUGCUGGGACGCCAAACACUCGUCAUGUAUUGUUUUAUACACACACACACACACACACAGGGGGGGGGGCGUGUUCUGCCCGGUUUUCUACAGAGAGAGUAGAUCUGGCAGAAGAAUUUCACAGAACUCUCAGUGCAUUUUAGUGUAAAACAAAAAAAGAAAAGGAGAAAAAAAAGCCGAGCACCUGGCUCUUGAUACUUUUGCUGUUUUCUUGUGUGCGUUUUUCUGAGGAAACGACUAUCGUUCUGACAAUAAGCAACGGCUUCUGAAUGUUCAUAGUGUAAUUCUGCUGUACAUAGUGUGUUAUGGACCCAGGCAACUUGGUAAUCAAGCUUAUUUUGAAGGGGGGGGGGGUCCAUCUUCAAGCAUUAGGGCGAUUAAAACCAUAAACCUCCUUCAACCAGGUAUACCUCAGUUCAGAUGGACAGUUAGAAUUAGUCUCACAUUCAUUGUGACAUCCAAACAGCCUCUGUCAACAUCUGUCAACAUCUGUCAACGCGGCCUCCAGUGUCUCUCCCCUCCCCGUUUUCUCCACUUUGAUGUGUGGCUGAAUAUUAACGUUAUCUUUAAAAAAGAAAAAAAGAAAAGAUUCCCACGAUGACGUGGUUGUUUGAAUUGAUUUAGAUGGAUUUGGUUUGCAGUGUCAAAUGUCGACGGAGGAAUCCUGUCUGAGAUGUGCAUUUACAGGAUGUGUAUUUAUAUCUCCGGGUGAGCCAGCGUUACCUUCUGCUCCUGUUGCUCCUCCUCCUCCCACGUGUCUGCUCUGAGGAGCUGCUCGGCCUUCCUCUUCUUCUUGUUCUUACUAUCAAGAGGUUCUGCUCUCUUUUGAUACACCUCAGGAAACUUUGCUACUCACCACGACUCGCACCCUCCCCCCCCUCCCUCCCUCCCCACCCCCACCCCGUCUCGGAGUGCGUCUCCACGGGGCUUCAGGACCAGACGGAGCUUAAUCUCAACACUAACGUGCCGGUCCGAGCCUCGUCCCCCCCCCACCCUGCCCCCCCACACCCUCCACGUCUGCGUUUCUCCUGGAGCGGCUGCUCGGGCCCCCGUGGCUCUGGACAUCUGGGCUUUUCACUAAAAUAAUGAACACCUGUCCCUUGCACAAGGGGGGGGUGGGGGGUCCGAACCCGGUCCAACGCACGGCCGGCUGCAGCCCGACGAGGAUCCAUUUCCAUAGUACUUCACUCUUGUAGAUGUCAGGCAAAACGGAUGUAUUCGUCGUUGUUGUUGUGCAGCGAUGACUUUAUAUAUUUAUUUCUCCUGGGGGGCGUCGACACACUGGCGCCGACCUGCAGUCUCUCCUCCAGCUUCGGGCCGGUUCCGCACGACGCGGUUUAGAAUCGAGCCUUUUCUUGUUUUCUUUAAUCCGAGGUGGUAGAAACCUCUCUCUGCCAAACCAUUUCAGAUCGAGUGGGGUUCCCCCCCCCCCUCCCCCCCGGCGCUUUAAACGCUUCACGCAGAGACGCCAGUAUUACUCUCCUGCAACAGUCGCUCACCAGUAUUUUAGAAAUCGACGGUUGGUUUCCUGCCAAAGUGGCGGGUAGAGUUGAGAACCCCCCCCCCCCCCCCCCCCGUUCAGUGUUAAACGGCUCGGCUAUGGGAAAAUGACCCGAACCAACAAACACCAUUCAGGGAUUCAGUACUAUGCUUUUCUAAGUUCUAGCAAGUUAUAUGCAACCAGUGGCGCUACGCCCCUCCCCCCUCCCCCCCCCUCCCCGCCCCCCCUUCAGGAGGGACACAACACAAACACACAAAUAACGUGUAGCAGUUUCCUUUUAUCCGUUCCCUUGCAUAUUGAUGUGUUGUAUAUAUUUAGUUAUUUACAGGCCCGAGGCUUUGGGUAUCAGAACUUUGGGUGUGACUCUGAAUAAAGCUGUACCAGUUGGCACGGUUGUUUGGGGGGGAGGGAGGGGGGGAGGGGUUCAGUUGUAAUUCAGGAAAUACUUUAAUUAAUUCAAAGAGAAAAGAUGUAAACUGUAACGUGCUUCUUUCUACUCAGUCUACGGACUGCCGACCGAGAAUGAAUGUGUUCUUCAGGCCUCUGAGUGGAGGGGGCCCGGCCCAACCCUGGGGUGGGGGGGGGGGGGGGGGCGGGCAGCUUUUGGGUUUGCGCGUGAUUGUUCCCCCGUCGCCGUGGAAACUAUUAAAAGCAACGCACCCCGGGGAGUCACUCACACACCUCCUGGGUGGACGUGAAGGAGGGAAGUGACUUCUGCCCCCCCCCGUUGCUGCAGCUCGUCCUCCGCGCUCCUCCCCCCCACCCCACGUCUGCCUGUGAACACGUGGAACUUGGCGGCGCUGCCCCUCGGGGUCUCUUGGUGGGGGGGGGGGCAGUGUGGACUUCCUGCCGCCCGGCGCCUCACGCUGCAUAUUAACUACCAGUGAAACGUUUGUGUCUUGUUGCCCCCACUAUUUUAAGCAGUCUAGGAUGUGUACAGACAUGUAUCAAGUAUAUACUCUGAAUCUUUACAAGUGUUGAACUUCCGUUUCCUCUACAUUCUUGUCUACUUUGCUCGUGUUCUGCCUUGGCAGCGGGCCUCGGCCCGGCUGCAUCAAUAUUGUCCUUCACAAUGCGAAUAAAUGCUUUACGCUCCGUGUCAGCUAAAAGCUCCGGGCACACUGGAGCACUUCGUAAAGGCAACCAAGAAAGCAUAACACGAGGAGUCUCCAGCGAGGUCCCUGCCGCUGGUUGUUUUUUUGAAGGGUCUCCAACGCGCUGCAAUACUCCACUACAGGUCUUUCAUUCCAGCACCUCCUUUUCUCACAGUUAGUCCCAAUUUCAGAGGAAACCUUGGACUCUGAGACUUUUGUCUGUAUGGAAUUCCCCUUUCCCUCCCCCCUCCCAAUCCAAAACACUACAAGCGUUUGUGACCCCACAUUUCUCAAGGCUCUGGAGUUGCAGCGCUGAUCCAGGAUCUGCCAGUGCAGCGUGUAAAGGAAGUGAUGCUCACAGGGUUUCUGGUGUUUAACACUGAAAGUAUCCAAUAAAUCUAAAAAAGAGAGGUCUCAAAUGGAAGGCUUUUUACUUCUUGACCAAAAUAUGUGACAUGUUUCUGGGACUUAAAAUCGGACAGUGUUUAGGCAGGGGGUCCCACCCUGACCUUUGACCCCCCCCCAGCCCCCGUGAUGGUUGCAGAUCCGAGGUCAGCGCUGUGCCCGGGCUCAUGGUUUUUAUCAGCUCAAGUGAUCCACGUGAUGUAAAUAAAUGUUUUUAGAUUGUGAA